GGGCGACGUGCAACUUAAACACCAAGAUAGCUGGUGUAGUCUUUGCUUUAGCCCGAAAGGCUUACCUGAUUUUUGCCUUGGCUCAACAAAAUAAAAGAGAAGGAUUUGCGGACGUAAACUAAGACAAAUUCAUUUUCAAUAUAGGUUUGGAGGCGGAAGAUCUCAGCGUUAGUGACCCCGAGCUUGGGGGCGGGGGAGGGGGGUAUUGUCGGUUCGGAGCCAGCACUGCCCCACUUUGUGCCUGCUAGUAUUAGGGCUGGUAAGGUAGCAACGGUGAGCACUUCUAAUAGCUUCCUCCUCUCUUCUCUUCUCCCCACUUUCUCCCUACAUCAUCUCCUCACCAAGUUGACCUGUCCGUAUGCCAGAAAACCUUGAGAUCAUAGAACUAGGCAGUAGCUUCUGCCUCAACACGGACAUGGCACAGGAGAAAAUGGAACUAGGCGUGGAGCUGCUGCCAAGUUCAACCAUCACAGCCGACAUCCUGAGAAGACCCAACAGCGCCCCUUUGAUCAUUGAGCUUGGUGAUAAUUCACUGGUGUUCCAACCUGACAGAAUAAGAACUAGAAGAAACAGUACAACAUUUAUGACACAACACUGUCUGGCCGACGCUCUAUCCACUGAGCCAAAUCAGGAAGAAGGCAUGGAUUUAAUAACUAAAGAAGCAAUGAAUGAAUGGGAGAUACAAACUACAAUACAGAUACAUCAGUCUUGGGAAGAAAAUGUGAACUUGGGAGAAGAGCUGGCUCAGUCAGAUGUAGAAUCUUCCCAGUCUGCUCAAGGCAUUAUCAACCAAAUAGUUGCAUCCGAAACAUCAGAUCUGUUAAUUAAAAGAAAAGAAGGGAACAUGCAUUCUGACUUUUUUUCCCCAAUGAAGAAAUUAAGCCCUAACCAGUUUGGCUCAGUGGAUAGAGCAUCGGCCUGCGGACUGAAGGGCUACCCAGAAAACAAAAGGGCCUAUUGCAUUGCCCAGCAGUACUCAGGCAUUUAA